AUGCACUUAGCACUUUCACUAUCAUUAGUGAAAUUAGGGUCUAUUUUUGAAGUCUCUGAAGAAGUAUCUGAACGAAAAAAGCAUUGUGCAUUUGGUAAAGUCACGAAUGCGACCACUUUCGGCAUGUCAAGGGCUUGGAGGGCAGAAACUAGGGCAGAAGCGACGCAAAUGCGGAUAGAUGCAAUGAUACAGAAAGUGUAUAAUGAU